AUGACAACUGGAUCUCAAUUAAGUCAAAAGAGUCCACCCGUGGAACAAGAAGAACCACCUAGAAUUGAUUUUGAAGACCACCCUUCAACUAUAUAUUACAAAGGAUUGAAGGAAGAUACGGAUAGCUACGAUUAUAGUGAGUAUUACAGUGGGUUGAGUGAUUUGACUAACCAAUAUUCAUGGCUUACUGACAUAUUUAAGAAGCUGAGUAGAAACAUAUCCAUGAUAAACAAUGAAUACGACCCUAAGAAGGAGUUCGAUAAGAAACACUGUUUUGAUUUAAAUUACUGGUUACACGAUGAAGUAUUUAAAAAUCUUGAAUCUAGCGAAAAGGUUAGGAAACUAACAACUAUUGUUCCUAAAAUUCUAGAGGCAUGGAAAAGUAUUGUCGAUGGAAAGUUUAGUGAUAAGGAACAUAAGUGCUAUCCGGAUUUUAAAUUAUAUAAUAACAUGGCUUAUUUGCAAGAAGUUAAAGAUUUGUUUGAUUUUUUUGAAGACUAUGAAACAAUGAAAAAGGAAAUUAUUCAAGACACUUAUAAAGCAUGUGAUAAAUACCAUGAAUAUCUUGACCAAAGAAUCCCUGUAUACUACACUUGGAGAGACUCUUGCACUGUAGAUGAUUAUGCUUGUAAAAGAUACAUCGAUAAGUACAUGAAAUAUCGUCCGGCAACAAUUUCUCUCCAAUUAAGUCCCUGGAUUACUCUUUUUUAUUCUUCGUACCCAUGUUUAAAUAAAGUAUACAGAGUAUUUGUAAGAGCAAAGGAAAAAAUUAAACGAAAUGAUAGCUUAUAUAAAGAAUUAAUGGAGAAAAUUGGAAGAGAAGAAUUGGAAAAAAGCUUAGUCUCAGCUAAAGCCGAUGAUGCUGCACCUGGAAGUGCUUUAUAUAUGAAUAGUAAUAACGAUAGCUUGAUAUUAUAUUAUACAUGGAAAAGGAUUGUUUUUGUAUAUGAAAAAAUCUUUCCACAUGUGCUUUUGUUUCUUGGGAUAAUUUUGCUUUUUUAUAUUUUUUUUAAGGUAAGCAUAAAAUUUACCCCAUUUGGACGAUCCAUAUUACGCACUCGAGCAAAGUUUAGGAAAAAAUUUCGACCUUACAUUGAUUAUGAAGACAUUUUAUUGUUAUCUGAUAGUGAUGAAUCUUUAUCUUCUAGUUCAAGUGAUGGCUCAUAUAGUGUAUCGUACUCUUCUCAAUAA